CUCAUGUUGUUUGUUGCCUCAGUAUUCUAAGAACGCUAUACUAUUUGAAAAAUUCAAACGAAAACGAAAGAAAACACAAGUCUAGCAUUAAGCCAGAUGUCCACAACGUUGACUAAUGCCGCCACAAAAAAAGUCUACAUCCAAGUUGAGUCGGCGGCUGAGCAGCAAGAAAACAUUAAAAAUCAACGUAAAACUUUGAAAGUUUUACAAGGUGUAGCCACCGAUAAGGAAAAUCUCACCGGUCGUCCACAAUUAGACAAACUGAGUCGCCUUAAAGCAGCCGUUCAUGAGACCACCAUCUCAACGAAUACCAGCGAAUAUGCGAAACGUAAAAAGAUAGAAACCAAAGCGGUCGAAACCCAAACAAGCCCCGACUCCAAAUCUACAAAUGCCCGGAAAAUUACCGCCGAAGAUUUGUGCAGUGAGGCAAAGCCCGGCGAGGUCUACUGGGAACGUUUGGCUGAGAAGAGGCGUGAAGCUUUGGAACAGUCAUUAGAGGAAAAUCAACGUUUGUAUGAACGUAUCGAUGGCCUGGAAGAAGAGCUAAAUACAUCACGCCAACAGCUGGAAGAAGCUAAACAUUUGGUAUCUGUGCUAACAGAAAUGCUCAAUGAAGAUGAGGCUGAAAAAGAGGUAGGAACAGAAGAAGGUGAAGAAACCGAGGGUGAGGGUGUAUCGGCUCUAGCAGCAGAAGACACAGACUCUAAAGCAGAGGAAUCAGACGAUUCUAAUGCCUCAACGCCCAAGGCUGACAAACAAACUCAGAAUUAAUUUAAUUUAAGUUUCAUUAACCAUAUAAAGUUCUUAACAAAAUCUCCUUAACUAAGACUCCGAGAUUGAGAGAGCGAGCAUUCAUUCCUUUGCUAAUUCGUAUACCUACCAUAUCUACAUUAUUUGGUGUGGUUUUUUUUUUUGUUUAAAUAACUACUACCAUUUCCUUAAUAGUUAAAUUAUGUCUAUAUAAAUGAAUUACUGUUGAAAUAAACUCAAGACUUUUUAAAAUUUGCAGAUUCAUUUUAAUACUAUGUAUCUUUUCGAGAGCUAGUUUUUUUAAUUAUUUUAGGGUUAGUUUUUUUUUAUAUAGAAAAUCCUUUUUAUAUUAAAUUUUAUGUUGUUAAAAAGCUUAAGAAUUUUGAACUAUUAAAAGAGUUUCUUUUUUAUAAUAAAAUGUUAAAUUUAAUUUUAGUUUAAUAACCAUUUUUUUCACCACAAUAUUAUACAAUAGUUUUAAUUUUGAUUUAAUACUAAUAAAAACAAAUUAAUAUUUGAUUAUAAUUUUAAACUAA